ACGAGCAUCACGCAGCAGCAGCGUCCGUCUUCGCGCGUCCAGGAGCAGAUGUCAGACGUGCCCGUGGUCCCAAAGGAGAGGCGCCGUUUAGGGCUGGAAAAAGAAGAAACAGAGAGGGGCAAGCCUUGAGGGUUUUCCAUGAAUGCACCGCUUCUUCUGGGGUGGAUCGGAGGCUGAACUGGCGGCGGUUCUUCACUUGCGGUAGCUGCAAUGGCAGCAAAUGUUUCACUGAAAAGGGAAGCCGAAGAACGUCUGUUGCUGAGCGUGGAAGGUCAAAUACUCGAAGCUAGAAGAAAAACGAAAUGCCCUCAGACAAGCCGUGAAGCUCCUCGAGUAACAGCUAGAUAAGAUUAAGAUCUAAAGCUUUAACCACAAGAAAGCAUGCGAAGCGUAACGGACAAGUGCAGACCUUGAGGAAGAGGAAAGGGAGAGAGCAUUAUCCGUCAGAGUUUCGUUGGAGAAUGAAGUCGUUGCCUUGAAGUCCGAGAUAGUAUCAUUGAGGAGGAGUGUCAGUUCUUAUGAUCAAGAGGGGAAGGAGAAAAUGAAGCUUCUCAAUGUCCAGGUCUCUAAAGGGGGAAAGAUGGAGACCGAGAGAGAGGGAGUCACAAAUCGUUCCCAUUCACCGGUGGUUGGCUUGAACCACCGUCGUUAUUGUCGAAAGCCAGUCUGCCAGCCGUCGCGCAUCGUUCCGGCCAUUUCGAACCAGGUCCGAAGAAUGGCGUCUCCCCCGACCCGGUUCGGCAACCCCGUGGAAAAGAGAGCCGAAGUGCUCACCGUGAUAGAUGCCCGAAAAGGCCGAGCCUACCGCCGGAUCACGACGUAUGUGAUGGUCGAUGAGGGCCUAACGGACUUGGUGCCUCACCUGUACGUAGCAUGGCAUGGCUACACUGACGGAGAAUGGGUUGGACCCCUACGUGGGUUCAAUGGACCUUUUGGCGGUGUAGGCAGGCCGGCUCCGGGGCAUGCCACGGGUGGGGUGUAGAUCAGCCAUGCGGACGGAAAGCGGGGAGGAGAUGUGGAUGGAGUUAGAAG